AUGGCUUCUCCAGACGACUCAACACCCCCAAACUUCCUCGAUGUGUUCGAAUACUUCGACAGCGAGGCUGAUUGCGCCGAGCUCACUCAGCUCUCAUCGAAAGAACGCGAUGUUAGCCAGGUGCUAACUACCGAUGAACGCGCGACGAAGACGAGGAUCAUUAAUACCCUCCGAGAUAAGUGCGUCUUUUCUCUCGACAAAUGGGGUUACCCCGACCCCGAGACGCUGAUGGUGAAGAUUCUGACUGAAUCCGACCAGGUGGUCGAGAACUACUUCGGCCCGAGUCAUUGGACUGGCGUUCCUCGCCCAGCUGGAUUUGUGGGGCCAGUGUGGCGACCGACGAGGAUCGAGGACCUGACUACUGCCGACUGGACGGAGUUCUGUGGUGGCUGUAGGUUCAGGCAGCAAUGCGACUGUAACUUCGACAGCUUGAAGGCAAACCACAACCUGCUUGAGCGAGACGUUGGCGUUCUACCGGCGGGAGAUGAAGUUGCAGUAUAUGCGAAUGCCACUUUUGCACCCGACGAGUUUAUUGCCUUGGAUCCUGGCAUCCUAAGGCCCAUCACCGAUAAUUUCGACGGUGGCAGAGCCAGCUUCCAAGAAGGAUUCAAGGACCGGAAGCGAUAUACCACUAAGUUCAGGAUUUCCAAUCCAACGAAUCCGGCGGACUUCCGAAAGGCUUACUGCUAUCACGACACGUUCGAUCACUUUGGGAUUCCUCACUUUAUUCGCCACUCCUGUCGCCCGAAUACGGUUAUUGUUCAAUGCCGAUACGGAGGGGUCCGAGUCCGCUUCCUUCGAGCGACGCGUCUGAUCCAGCAGGGUGAGGAGCUGACACACAAUUGGGCUAGGUAUAUUGCAAGCGAUGUCUUGAAUCAGCCGCAAUGUGUGACUUGUCCCUCGAAUAGAAGAUGCCCGACCCUACCCCCGUAG